AGGAGUGAUGAGGAGGAGUGAGGCUUGACAUGACUAGGGGGAUGGGUGAAUUCUGAAUCAGUGUGUAUUUAAGGUUAAGCAAUAUUCAGACCUCCAGUUCCAUUAGCAAGCUGUGAUUGUGAUAUGAAGAUGCAGAAGUCUGUCUCUGUCGUUCCUCUGCUGUUGCUCCUCUGUCUGUCUGGGGUAGGGGUCACCAAAGGUCAAGGUGUAGAGGUCACUAAAGCUGUAGAUUUCAAGACAGAAUUCGAGGUCAAAACACCAGCAGACAGAAAAACAGAUGGACAGACAGACUCUGAGCCGGACCUCUGGGCUGAGCUGAGAGCGCUGAGAGACAUGGGGGUGGCACAGAGAGUAGAAAAGAGAGAGGCUGUCAUGCAAAGUCAACUGGAGGACGUGAAGACACAGAAAUCAGAUCUCCAGGCUCAAAGCGUCAGUCCACCAGCUGAACUCUCAGUCAGACUGGUGAAUGGGCGCAGUUCCUGUUCUGGGACAGUGGAAGUCUUCUAUGAAGGAGAGUGGUCAGGUGUAUGUACUGAGUGGUGGAGCAUGAAAGAUGUUAUGGUUGUGUGUAGAGAGCUGCGCUGUGGGAAUGCUGUAGCUGUUUCUGAAGGACCUCUGGUUGAAGAUGGAAGACGAGGAGUCGCCAUUAAGAGUUGCAGGGGACAUGAGUCAACUAUUACAGAGUGUGGCUUCAGAGAAGGAGGACCUGGUUAUUGUGACGGUAGAAAUGAUCAUUAUGUGAUCUGUUCAGAUCUCCAGGCUCAAAGCGUCCGUCCACCAGCUGAACUCUCAGUCAGACUGGUGAAUGGGACCACUUCCUGUUCUGGGACAGUGGAAGUCUUCAACAGAGGAGAGUGGUUCGGACUAUGUCCUGGGUGGUGGGGCAUGAAAGAGGCCAAGGUUGUCUGUAGAGAGCUGGACUGUGGGAAUUUUGUAGAUGUAUCUAGAGGACCUCUGGUUGAAGAUGGAAGAAGAAUAUAUGUUAGCUGCAGUUUAUAUGGAGAUGAGUCUAUUGGACAGUGUUACAAAGAUGAAGGAAGAAAGAACUGUGAUGGUGAAUAUUAUCAUCAUGUGACCUGUUCAGAGUCUGUGCGGCUUGUGGAUGGAGCUGGUCUCUGCUCUGGGAGAGUGGAGGUGAAGUCCAAUCAGUCCUGGGCCUCAGUGUGUGAACCUGACUUUGACCGGCAGGAUGCAGAGGUAGUCUGUAGGGAGCUUGGCUGUGGGGCUCCUGCAGCUCUACAGGGGGGGCUCUAUGGAGGAGGUGAGGGUCAGACCUGGGAUAAAGACUUCCAGUGUAAAGGCAAUGAGUCCCUUCUCCUGGACUGUGACACCUCAGACAGAAAAAACAACACCUGCCUACCUGGUAAUGCUGUUGGACUCACCUGCUCAGAGCCUGAUGAUGUGAGGCUGGUGGGAGGAGGCAGUCGCUGUGCUGGUGGAGUGGAGCGGUACGACCAGGGAGAGUGGAAGACUGUGGGAGCUGAAAACUGGAACCAGGAGGCUAUAGCUGCAGUAGUGUGUAGACAGCUGGGUUGUGGCUCCACUGUUUCAGUACUACCUGGAAACACCACUGGAGUGUAUGGAGUUUCCUGUUCUGGGUCUGAGUCUGCACUGAGGGAGUGUUCCAGAACGUCUGGUCGCCUUUCUGGAUUCACAGUGAUCUGCUCAGUCCUCUAAAACCCCUCCCCAUCCUAAGUUGGGUUGUCAUCCCAGUGACCGGCAGACCACCCCCGUCCCCCCGGAUCCCAGGGCCCCCGAGAGACCGGGACCCAUCCUUUGAAAAGACCCCACAGUGAAACCCACAGAACAGAAGCAGAUCAGCAGACAAACGCAUUCCAUCACCCUCACAUCGAUUAGCAUUAUUAUAUAGCUAUAAGAAAAUAUAUUUAAAAAAUGUCCUGCUUAUCUUAAUUACCAUAAUUAACAAAUAAUAUGCAUAAUAAUGUAGGCAGUUCCUGCCAUGUGAUGUUGUUAGUAGUAUAUAGAUAAUGAUGUUAUUGAUUAUAAAUGUUAUGAUAUUGAUUAUGAUGUAGAUUAUUGUUGUGAUGUUGAUAGUAGUAUAUAGAUAAUGAUGUUAUUGAUUAUAAAUGUUAUGAUAUAGAUUAUGAUGUAGAUUAUUGUUAUGAUGAUGUUAGUAGUAUAUAGAUAAUGAUGUUAUUGAUUAUAAAUGUUAUGAUAUUGAUUAUGAUGUAGAUUAUUGUUAUGAUGUUGUUGGUAGUAUAUAGAUAAUGAUGUUAUUGAUUAUAAAUGUUAUGAUAUUCAUUAUGAUGUAGAUUAUUGUUAUGAUGUUGUUAGUAGUAUAUAGAUAUUGAUUAUAAAUGUUAUGAUAUUGAUUAUUGAUUAUGAUGUAGAUUAUUGUUAUGAUGUUGCUCUCUAAACUGCCAUGUAAUCAACUGAAUGUUUUUAAUAAAAUUACAGGCUGUCA